CUUCUUUUCCUUCCUAAUAACUUUGGGUUUUCCAACCAUCAUGUCAGAAUUCCAUUCCCUUGCCAAUCUCAUCAAACGACUUGAGGUAGCCACCACUCGUUUGGAGGACUUGGCCCAAUCAGCAUCUUCUGCAUCCGCCGUUGCUGCUUCCUCCUCAUCAGCUCCUCCAGCUCCCUCAGCGCAAGCAGCAGCCGGUGAAAAGUCAAUUCCUGCGUCUGUACAAAAGCACGACGAAGCCAUAGGUCCUCUGCUUAACAAGUUUCUCGAAGCCUCCAAGGCCCUUGGUGACCCUGUUGCAGCUCAGGCUGCGCUCGUGGCUGAAGCCAUAGAAGCCGAGAAAACUAUAAUUCACAUUGCCUCGCUGGCAAAGAAACCCGAUAUGUCGUCGAGCGUGUUCAUGAAACUCAUCGAGCCAAUCCAGAAAGCUCUUUCGGGUGUCGUCGAAAUUAAGGAAAAGAACCGGGGUGCUGCUCUUUUUAAUCAUUUGAGUGUUGUCGCCGAAGGUGUUCCUGCACUAGGAUGGUUCACUUGUGAACCAACCCCAGUCCCCUUUAUUCGUGAUAUGAAGGAUGCUGCCCAGUUUUAUGCAAACCGUGUUGUAAAGGAAUGGAAGGACAAGGACAAAUCUCACCUUGAUUGGUCUCGAUCGUUUAUCGAAAUGAUGGAUGCACUCAGCGUUUAUGUCAAGGAGAACUUCCCCACUGGCCUGACAUGGAAUGCUCAGGGCGAAUCGGCAGAAGCAUUCAUUGGAAAGGCACCAGGCAGUAGCGCACCAGCCAGCUCUGGUAGUGCUGCACCUGCACCCGCAGCAGCAGCUCCCCCACCUCCUCCUCCAGCAGGCGGUGCUCCACCGCCACCUCCCCCACCACCACCACCCAUGACCUUUGACAACGAACCCGCUGACGACGCAAAGACCGGUGCAGCAGCCGUGUUUGCUGAAAUCAAUAAGGGCGAAAGCGUCACAGCUGGUCUGCGCAAGGUCGAUAAGAGCCAAAUGACCCACAAAAACCCUGCCUUGCGUGCAGGUAACACCGUAACUAGCCCCAAGAAACAAGCUCCACCGACGCCAUCCAAACCAAACAAAUACGUUCUCAAGAAACCUGCCAAGACCACGCUUGAGGCGAACAAAUGGGUCAUUGAAUACCACGAGAACAACAACGAAAUUGUUAUUGAGGAAACGGCCAUCAACCAAGCCGUGUAUAUCUUUGGAUGCAAGAACUCGACUAUCCGUAUCAAGGGCAAGGUGAAUGCCAUCACCAUGGACUCGUGUGUCAAGUGCGGUAUCGCAUUAGACUCUACCGUAUCCACGGUCGAUUUGGUUAACUGCCGCUCCUUUGGUCUUCAAAUCUUCCAUGUUACCCCCACGAUUGCUGUCGACAAGUGUGAUAGCGGCUCAAUUUAUUUGUCGAAGGAGUGUCUGAAUGUGGAAAUCUUGUCUGCCAAGUCCACUUCUGUUAAUGUAUUAGUGCCAGAGGAGGUUGAGGGUGACGAGACCGACUUCAAGGAAGUUCCUAUUCCUGAGCAGUUGAAGACUACCAUCGGCCCUGAUGGCAAGCUAGUCACCGUUUGUGUUGAGCAUGCAGGUUAAACUAAUAAAGUCAUUCCUCAAGUAAACUGUGUAUAAUCCUGUAAAUAUCCUUAUCGCUUCGUCGAUUGUAUACUAGAGGCGCUAAUUAGAAAAUCUUUCUUCCUACCCUUGCUAAAAAGGAUGCUGCUUCCAAUAACCACAGCAGUGAAUAGCGAUACAUCCAAAUUAUUGCAUUCAUUGGAG